AUAGACUAUGUAGUAACAGUAUGCAUUUAACUAACACAAAAAAUUAAAACAGAUUGAUAUGAUGAGGCGUGGAAGCUUAGCUUCUUCUUCUUCCCGGCAGGCGGUUAACGAAAAGCAACGUCGAGAUCGUAUGAAGGAUCUUUACUCUACCCUUGCAACUCUCCUUCAACUUAAGCCUCAUGAGAGAACGUCGAUGCCGGAGAUGUUGGAUCAAGCAGCGAAUGCAUUAAAACUGUUGAAGGAAAAAGUAGAGCGACUGAAGGGAAGGAAAGAAGAGUUAGAAAAGGAGGUCGAUGAUGAUGAAGUGGGAAAGGGAAGGAAGCCACUCAUGGUUCAAGUGAGGGAAGUGGAUUUAAUACUGGAGGCUAACUUGAUAAUGAUGGUGAAUCACAAGAAAGUGAUGCCAUUUGAAGUUCUCAAAAUUAUAGAGGAAGGUGGUGCUCAAAUAAUGAGCUCCAGUUUCACUACACAUGGAAACCACAUCUAUUGCAUCAUUUAUGCUCAAAUGGAUGUUUGUGCGUUACGGUGAUUAAAUGAUGAUGAUUUUGGGGAUUUAUAGCUGCAGUGGUAAUGAACAGCGGUGAUUGACGGCAAUAGGUAGUUAUGGUGAUAUAUGUGUGUUUGUGUGUGUGUUCAGUGUGGGAAGAGGAGGAGAAAGGUGAAAAUGAGGAGCGUGUAUGGUUUGUUUGUGUACAAGUGUAUUUUGGGUUAAGAAAAAGUUGAAUUUAGAACUCUCAUUUGUAUUAUAAGGAAGUAUAGAUAGAUUUGUUAUUAAAAUUGAAAAAAAUAUAUCUACCACUUUUGUUAGUAACAAAUAUACAUGUUUUAUUGUUGAGCACUA